CUAACAAAUAUGUCUGCACCCAUAAUCACGUUUAGGCACAAAGAUAGCGUUUUAUCGAUUCAGGAAAAUGGCUCGUCCGUAUUCCCUCGUCGUAUGUGUAAUUUUAACUGUUUUGAAAACGUAACCAAUUAUAUCCGACGGUAGAAAAACACGCUACGGUAACAUUUAGGACCGACCGGAGGUAUGUCGGAGUAUUAUUGGGCUGUUUUUUCCUCAUUUUUCUGACUCAACUUCCUGGGUGGAGAGUAAAGCGACGGCGAGGAGUCUUGCUGCUGCUGAUGGAAACACUGCACCACAGACAAACAAAGACAAUGUGUCGCUUUUUCAUUUAAAGGGAGAAUCGCCGUCGCUAUUACUGUUAUUGGAGCAGGUGUUGGCCCCCAUGGCACAGAGAGAGUCUUGGGUGUCCAGUAAUCAAAGUGAUGACUUUAACUUGAACGCCCCUCGCACACUGCAUCAGCCUCUGAAGUACAGAUAACAUCACCUGUGGGGUAAGCCAUGAUUCCCAUCACAGAGCUGCGAUACUUUGCAGACACGCAGCCAGCAUACCGAAUCCUGAAGCCAUGGUGGGACGUCUUCACAGACUACAUCUCCAUUGUCAUGCUGAUGAUCGCGGUGUUUGGGGGAACGCUGCAGGUCACCCAGGACAAGAUGAUCUGCCUGCCUUGCAAGUGGAUGAUUAACACAAGCUGUGACACUUACCCACAUGGGCGCUAUGUCCAGAGCAACCUCUCCUCAGUUCUGCCCUUUGAACCGAAGGGGAUCCAGUAUGACUUGGACAGGCACCAGUACAAUUAUGUAGAUGCUGUGUGUUAUGAGGACCAAUUGCAUUGGUUUGCCAAAUACUUCCCUUAUCUAGUGCUCCUUCAUACGCUUAUAUUCCUGGCCUGCAGCAACUUCUGGUUCAAGUUUCCCCACACUAGUUCCAAGCUAGAACACUUCGUGUCCAUUUUGCACAAAUGCUUCGACUCUCCCUGGACGACACGGGCCCUGUCGGAGACCGUGGUGGAGGAGAGUGAUUCAAAGCCACCAGGGAAGAUGAACGGCUCCAUGGACAAGAAGACCUCAAGCAUCAGUGAGGAUGUGGAGGCCAGUGUGCCGAUGCUCCAGAGGAUGAAAUCUCGCAUCGAGCAAGGCAUCGUGGACCGCUCGGAAACUGGUGUUCUGGACAAGAAAGAAGGGGAACAAGCAAAGGCACUGUUUGAGAAAGUGAAGAAGUUUCGCCUGCAUGUGGAAGAGGGAGACAUAGUGUACAGGCUUUAUAUCCGUCAGACUAUUAUCAAAGUCAUCAAAUUUAUUCUGAUCAUCUGCUACACUGGAUACUAUGUUCGCAAGAUUCAGUUUAGGGUGGACUGCAGUGUGGACAUCGAGAGCUUCACGGGUUAUCGGAUGUAUCGUUGUGCCCAUCCACUUGCCACCCUCUUUAGAAUCUUAGCGUGCUUCUACAUUACAUUAGUGGGAGUCUACGGCCUGAUCUGCAUGUACACUUUGUGCUGGAUGCUGAGCCGUUCUCUAAAGAAAUACUCGUUUGAGUCGAUCAGGGAAGAGAGCAGCUACAGCGAUAUUCCCGACGUAAAGAAUGACUUUGCCUUCAUGCUGCACCUGAUUGACCAGUACGACCCCCUCUACUCCAAACGCUUUGCCGUUUUCCUUUCGGAGGUGAGCGAGAACAAGCUCCGGCAGAUGAAUUUGAACAAUGAGUGGACCCUGGACAAAUUGCGGCAACGGGUUACGAAGAAUUCACAGGACAAGCUGGAGCUACACCUCUUCAUGCUAAGCGGCAUCCCAGACACAGUGUUUGACCUGCUGGAUCUCGAGGUCCUGAAGCUGGAGCUCAUCCCCGAUGUCACCAUCCCCCCCAUCAUCGCCCAGCUCUCCAGUCUGAGGGAGAUGUGGCUCUACCACACGCCAGCAAAAAUCGAGGCCCCAGCCCUGGCAUUCCUGCGGGAGAACCUCAAGUCACUGCAUAUCAAGUUCACUGACAUUAAAGAAAUUCCUUUAUGGAUCUACAGCUUGAAAAAUCUGAGCGAGUUGCAUCUCACGGGCAACUUGAGUGCUGAGAACAACAGGUACAUUGUUAUCGAUGGGCUGCGGGAGCUGAAGCGACUCAAGGUGCUGAGGCUGAAGAGCAAUCUGACCAAGCUGCCGCAGGUGGUCAUGGACGUGGGUGUGCAUCUGCAGAAGCUAUCUGUAAACAAUGAGGGCACCAAGUUGAUGGUGCUCAAUAGCCUCAAGAAGAUGGUGAACCUAACAGACCUGGAGCUCAUCCGCUGUGACCUUGAGCGUAUUCCACAUUCUAUCUUCAGUCUGCACAACUUACAGGAGAUUGACCUGAAAGACAACAACCUGAAGACUAUAGAGGAGAUCAUCAGCUUCCAGCACCUCCACCGGCUCGUGUGCCUUAAGCUCUGGUAUAACCAGAUUGCCUACAUUCCCAUUCAGAUCGGCACACUCACCAACCUGGAGAGACUCUACUUGAAUCGCAACAAGAUUGAGAAGAUACCCAGCCAGCUGUUCUUCUGCCGUAAACUACGCUUUCUGGAUUUAAGCCACAACAAUCUCACCAGUAUCCCCGCAGAUGUUGGAUUCCUUCAGAACCUACAGUACUUUGCUGUGACUGCCAAUAGGAUUGAGAACCUGCCCCCUGAGCUGUUCCAGUGCAGGAAGCUGCGCACGCUGAACCUAGGCGGCAACUGCCUGCAGACGCUGCCGUCGCGUGUCGGCGAGCUGACGGGCCUGAUGCAGCUGGAGCUGAGGGGCAACCGGCUGGAGUGCCUGCCUGUGGAGCUGGGGGAGUGCCGCCUGCUCAAGAGGAGCGGCCUGGUGGUAGAGGAAGACCUCUUUAACACCCUGCCGUCGGAGGUCAAAGAGCAGCUCUGGAGGACCGAGAAAGAGCAGGCCUGAGAAAACUGUGAUGAGUCCUAGAGGAUUCUAGAAUAGUACUGUCCCCCCACCCCACAGGAGGACUGUCAAGUUUGUGUGAAAGUUGUUGCAGAAGGAGGGACGGGUGGUGGUCGGCCAUUAAACGAUUGGCAGCAUCGAAAACUAGCCAGUGAAGCUUAGCUUUUACCUUUCCAUUUCAAGUAUUUCUGUUAUCUGUAAGCAAGACCAUGUGACUGAGUAACAGAUAGGGACUGGGAAGUACGAACAGAAAGCAGACCGAAAGUGAAGGUUUGAAGGGAUGGACAUCUUGGUCAGAGGGGCGCCCUGCCUGAUCCUCUGGGUAUGACAGCCUCAUCGGGCCACCGCUUAUGUAUGUUGUUGGACAGUGUUUCUGAGGUGAAGGCCUCUAGGCGGUGUCCAGGAUUACCCUGCUCAGGGUACCACUCUCACGUGAUCUCAUUUGGCAGUUGGCCCACAUGGUCUGCGUUACAUUCUCGUCCGGCCGGGCAGUCGCAUGCAAGAACAUUCACAUCUCGCUAACAUCUACACUAAUAUCCUCGAAACACCUAAAAAUGGAGAGCCUGAAACUUACCAGGGAAGACCAGUUGACAACUAAUCUACAAGUAUUUCGAAUUCAGUCUGGAUUUUCAGCACUACUCGUGGGCGAUGCCUUGUGGUGAUGCAUCGACCCUUUGCUGUUGCGAUGUUCUCCAUUUGUGCUGAGAACAUGUCAUGGAUCUGCAUAGUCUGUUGGUGCACUGUUGCUAUCACGGAUAUUUAAAAACUUAUAAUGAACCAAAUACAACUUUUUAUCCCAAGGUGUGGUUUGUAUUGGGACUUCCUCUGAGAAAGGCCUCAGUGUGCGUGCAAUAUUUUCUUACAUGUUAAAAGAGCUUGAAAUCCUUUGUUUUGGUUAAGCAUCUUUGCCUUAGGUUUAAAGGGAACUGCUACAGUGGGAUUUUUGCAGACCAGCUGAUAAUUGUUACUAAAACUGGCCUUAACGUACAUGUAUCGUUUUGUCGGUAACUGAGGUGAUAUUUUCCAUUUGUAAAAUAAUCAUUUAGAUGUCUAUGUUCUCAGCAUUGGACUAUGAGUCCAUAAUUUAAUGCAAAAGUAAUCUAGCCAAUGUAACAAGGUUUUACUCAUUAGAAAGAGAGAAUAAUUAGAUUAGAAUGAAAAUAAAUACCCGUAUUCAAAGGCAAAAUAAGAUGUAACUCUUAAAUUGGAAAGUACUUCAUGCAUAUGUUUUAAGGCUCUUUUCGGGUUGGUGGGCCCUGCUUUCCUUGGACUGAGGUGGUAUUUGUACAAGGCUGAGCCCUCUCUGUACACGCCGAACAAGGCUACACCCACAUUGCAACGAAAUGUUCCUCCACUGUCCCUUGAAUGGGGGGUGAUUGUGAGCUGUGUGUGGGGGGGGGCAGGGUGGGUGUGACUGGCCUCUGACACUGCUGCUAAUUCAGUUUCUCAGAAUAAUUCUGUCGAAUGAACGAGACUUGGAUGGUCUAGGGUGUUGAGUCCAUAGGUUUUAAAACCUGAAAGAACCUUUCGGCAUUUGUUUCGAAGGUAAAGCAAUGAUGGUAUUUUGCCGACGUUAGUUUUUCCGAAUUUACAAUGCUGAACACGCAGUUACAUUUGCUUCAGAUUUGCUUCAGAGAGAAUGUUCCCUGAGGUUGUUUUUCUAGAAUCAAUAAUGUCCGUUGCUGGCGUCACAUUUCUCUCUAAAUCAACAGCUCAGCAAAAAUUUCAAGUUUCCAGAAAAGGGAAGUUACCUGUUUUAGGCAUUUGCACAUUAUUUUCAUCUUCUUGGGUCUGUGCAAUGAACUGCGUGUAGAGACAAUCAGUAGGUGCAUUUAAGCUUGUUUGCAUGUUGCGCCCCCUUGUGUGAGAAUGGAGUAAUACAUUGGAAGCUUCGCGUAUGUCCGUCAUAUCUUGUACAUGACUCAAGUAUUUUGACCCAAUAAUGGUUAUUUGGGCAUUUGUAGAUAGAUCUCAUCAUGCCAUAUUAAAAUGUAAAGUUAUUCAUUUUAACUUUCAGUGAUGGCUUGUGGAAAUUUGAUGAAAAAUACCAAGUACAACCUAUUAAGAUCAGUUAAAAUGAUGCAGUAAAUUUCUGAAAUACUCCUUCCCUCUGUAUGAUCGGAAUUCUUGUGUUUUUAUUUAUUAUUCCUUUUAGUCUGUUUUAAAAUGUGUGUCAUUUACAUAUUAGAUUGGCACCUGAGAGUUCUGUGUAUUCAAAGUGUAAUCUAAAUUAACACUUUGGAAUAUUUAAUACCUUCAUGCAAAUAGGUGCAAAAAUUGCAUUAUUUUUGUCAUGAGUUGUAAUAUGGCCACGAUAUAUUUAAAGACAAAUGCCAGUGUCUGUAAAGGGUAAUUGUGUUUCUGAGGGGAUGUUUGUAUAAACCAGUCUCCGUUUAUACAAUGAAAGAUAGAUGAGACUAAUCUGACCUAUCAGUGUUUGAUGUAGUGAUGUUCUUCUGGAGGGACUUUUUCAAAGCUGUCCACAAAAAAUAAAUACAUUUUAAAAAUCAUGCAUUUUUGGCAUCUGCUGAGCAGCAAAUCCUUGUGUCCAAAAUAAAGGGGGAGAGGAACUUUGAGUGUCUGGCUUCUAAGCUAAACAGUAUUAUCCAUAUUAUGGUUAGGUUGUAUCGUUGUAGAUUUCGUUGCUUAUAUGAUCAUUGAAAUGUAACUGGGUAUAUGGAGGUACCCUGUUUUCAUGUCAGUGGGCUCAAUGACAGUUUGUCUAUCGUUAGUUCCAGAGUAAGAGAUUGGGAUAUUCUAAUAUGCCAGCAGCUACAGCACAUUCACAGGUGUAAAUAGUCCCUGGAAAUAUUGUGGGGAAAAAUGGCCCUGAUUUCCCCCCCCCGGCUCUAUCGUACAUGUGCCACUGUCCCGUUCCUAUUGGUUGGUUCCAUUAAUAUCAUACAGUUUGGCAUUUCUGUCAUAACCCGUCUUUUUUUUUUUUAAUAAAUUUUUUUUUUUUUAAAUGUCAACAUUUUCAUGUUGUGAAAACAGUAUUUUUCCCACGUUGCCAAAAACCUAAGUUUGAAUGAUUUAAAUGGCUUCUUUCGGUGUACAUGUGAACAAUGUCGGUCGCUAUCUUCAUUGUAAGUUUUUUUGGGAUACAUAUUUAUGUGUAGCUUUUUUUUUUUUAACAAUGUUGACUUCAAAUUACAAUAAACAUAAGCGUAGCAACAUAA